AUGGCCGGCUUCCUGGUGGGACUGUGCGGCGGCCUGUCACGGGAGCCGGGCUCGCCGCACGCCUGCAGGUCUCAGCGUGGCUUCCGCACCGGACACCGAGGCCGCGCCACCGUCGCCGCCGCCGCCGCGACCAUGGAGCGGACGGAGGUCAGCGCCGACGGCGUACUCACGCCGCCGCUCAGCACCGACUCCAGCCUGCAGGAGCUGAUCGAGGCGGAGCUGCGCACGCGGCGCGCCACAGAGCCGGAGCCCGAGCCGGAGCCGGAACCGAAGGCGGAGCACGAGGAGGCGGAGGACGAGGUGAACCCGAUGGUCGUGGCCGCGGAGCUGAAACCGUCACGCUUCAUGACGGCUCAGCCAGAGAGCAUUCUCGUGGUGGAGGGGGAGGUCGCGGCACCGGCCGACUGCGACCCCGAGGGUGCAGAGAUCUGGGAGGAUGAGGCGCCGCCAGCGCCGGCGCCGCUGGAUGACCAACUGGAGCGCUCCGGGGCGGUCGACGGGGCCCACCGCAGCGCUGCCGAGGCCCACCACGCUGCCGACGUCGCUGCCGACGCCGCCGCGGCCGCCGAGGUGCGACAGUGCGUCGCCAGAGCCGGCUCGGCCGAACGCCGCGCCUCGGACGCCUCUGGCCCGCGCUCCGACGACGAAGAGUACCAGACUGAGCAGCACCACGCGGAGGAGCCGCAGGCGGGGGCCGCAGCAGGCGAUGACGUGUGUGCACCACUGCAGAGUCCGCGGUCGUCGGCUGAGGCUGGCCCUGGUGAGGCUGACGCGGGGCCCAGCUACCCGGAGGAGGCUCCGGAGAAAGUUCCAGAGGAGUUUCCGGAGAAGGCUCUGGAGAAGGCUCCGGAGGAGGUUCUGGAGAAGGCUCUGGAGAACGCUCUGGAGAAGGCUCCAGAGGAGGCUCCAGAGGAGGUUCUGGAGAAGGCUCUGAACAAGGUUCCGGAGGAGGCUCCGGAAGUGGGUGAAGCCAGGUGUGGCCAGUUGGCCCGCGAAAAUUCGACGGGCGAUGAUUUGCCGGCCGCCCCGGCGCCCGACGACGGGAAGGAGCAGCAGCAGACUCCGAGCGAGCCGGACCGGGAGGUCAAGUUUACCCCCGAAGUCACCUCACCAGUGUCCGAUGACGUCAUUGGCGAUAUGGCGUCGAAGAUCACAGACGAGGACAGCGACGAGGGGGUGGGGGACGGCGCCGACAAGAGAAGGGCGGACGGCAAGGAGGGCAGCAAGAAGCUGCGCAGGAAGAAAAAGUCCGACACCGAGAAGGAAAACAGCCGCGUGCGCUCUAGCUUUGGGAAGGAUGACGCACUCUCGCCGGACCACACGCGGAUCCACGUCCGUUCCUUUGACAGCUCCAAAGCCAUGCGCAAGUUCAGCAAGGACGCCGCGGAGGCGGCCGGCUCCGAGUGUCGCUCCUGCGGCCGCCAGGUCUACCAGAUGGAGAGCGUGCACGCCGAGAAGGCCGUCUGGCACAAGAACUGCUUCCGCUGCAGCGAGUGCAGCAAGCAGAUCACCGUGGACACGUACGCCAGCCACGAGGGCCGCCUGUACUGCGUCGUCCACCACCGGCAGCUGAUGAAGCCCCGGGCGCCGGCCACGCCCCCGCACGCCACUGACCCAGGGACGCGGUCUCCGCCGGCGCAAGGGAUGGUGCUGGAGACGGGAGAGGAGGCGCCGGCCGAGGUGGUCCGCUCUUCGAACAAGGCGGACUAUGGACUGGAGGACCUGCAGAAUCUGAACGUUAAGGACCGCUUCUCGGUGUUCGAGCGCACCAAUGAGGACGACCAGGAGAAGGGCCUGGCCUCAGUCGAGGUCAAGCGCUCGCAGAGCAUCCUCACCAACAAAAUGAAGAGGUUCCAGGAGCGUGACUCGGCGCGGGACGCGGACUCGGCCUCCGGCGCGAGGUCGGCGGACUCUGGCGACGAGCAGCGGCGCGACCCGGACCUGGUUGCGCUCCACCAGCAAGACGCGGCGGCGAGCGGCCCAUCAGCUUCUCCGGCCUGGAGACGCGGCAGUCACAACGGCCACUCGCUGGCCCACGACCAGAGCUCGGCGGCAGGAGAGUCAGCCCUCGCCAGCCUGUCGUCGGACGCCGGCGGCAGCGAGCUCGCCAGGGGGGACUCGCCGGACGGUCAGGCCGUCAUGGAGGCCCCGGUCGCCGACCCGGAGCUGCUGCACAGCGACACCACCAAACGCAUGCUGAGCAAGUUCAAGCAGAUGGAGCAGAGCACCGGCAACACAGAUGAAGAGCUGAGCCUGAAUCGCGAGAAGGCGCACGGUAACGCUCGUCAGAUCCUGUCCAAGUUCCGACAGAUGGAGGAAGAUGCGCAUAAGGAAGACCUGCCGGACGGCCCGCGCCCGCUCAAGUCGUUCACGCCACCGCCGGAGGAGCCGGCCGAGCCAGAGAACGCGGCUGAGGACAGCGAGGAGGAGCCGGAGGACCCCGACAUCAUCCGUGCCAGUCACAAGGUGCCCGACGAGUUUCUCAACAAGCGCACGGACCAGGCUCGCUCGCUGCGGGACAAGUUCGAGAGCUGGGGCCCGCCGGCCGGCCGCGACGACAAGUUCACUGUGGAGGACGAUUGUCGGCCCAGUCUCGAGAUCACGCGCAGUCUGCGCGCCAAGUUUGAGUCGCUGAACGAGCCGCAGAAGCCGGCUGAGAAGACGCAGCACCGGGCCAGCCGCUUCAUCAUGGAGCCGAAUCAGGCGGCUGAGAUGUGCGACGCCUGCAACAAACGCGUCUACGCCAUGGAGCGGCUCGAGGUCGACAAGCGAAUCCUGCACAAGAACUGCUUCCGCUGUUCAAAGUGCAACUGCGUGCUGAGAAUGGACACCUACACAUUUAAUGCAGGGAAACUAUUUUGCACGCCGCACUUCAAGCAGAUGUUCAAGACCAAGGGCAACUACGACGAGGGCUUCGGCCUCGAGUCGCGGACGAAGCACUGGAGCAGCAGCACACGGACCACUCGGCCAGCAACGGCACCAAUGGCGCCGCACCGCGGCCGGGCAACGCACCAGCCGAGACGAACGGCGGCAGCCCCGAGCCGCGUGACGCGGACGAUAACCUGGAGCCGCCGCAGGAGGAGGAGGAGGAGGGGAGGAGCGGGAGCGGGAGGAGCAGGAGGAGGAGGACGAGGUCAUCCUCGCCCGCGACGAGGCCGAGCCGACCGCGGACGUGUUUCAAAAGGUGUACGAGUCGACGGUGGCGGAGAACAUGUGAUGCGAGCGACGACGAGCGAUCAUUUAUCCGUGCCCGGGUGGAUGGCCCGCGCCGACGGCCCCUUUCCGCCUGCGCCGACGCCGCGUGAGAGACUCUGUAGACAACGCUUGCGUUAUUUUUUUCUGAGCUGGUGGGCGACGCUCGUCUGGUGCGCGCUUGGACGCCUAGUUUUACUGCGGAGUCGCCGCCGCCGCCGCCGCCGCCGCGUGAGUGCCGAGUCCAAGCCGGACGAUCGGGAGAGACGGCGGUGCGGCACUGUGAUGAUUGUCGCCCGCUGGCCGGCGGGCCACCCGCCUGCUAUGAACCGUCGCCGGCGCCCCUGCUAUAGUCGCAGUGCCCGCUUCGCCGUUUUAGUUUCGUAGAGAAAUUUUAUCCGUCUCGCACUUUGUAUUUUGUUAUUUUAAAGUGCUUUGUAUACAAUGAUUGAGAGCCAUUUAAAUAUAAGUUAAAGUCUUAG